GCAUGAUACUGUCAGCUGUAUCUGCAGCAAUCGUUAAGAAUGCCACAGCAUACUCGCUUUCUACAGUUCAAGCUCCUAACGCAGAGUAUGUUAGGCUACUUGAUCAUUCCAUCUUAUUCUACGAAGCACAACGGUCGGGUAAACUCCCAUUAGAUAACCGCGUGCCAUGGCGACAUGAUUCAGCCCUAAAGGAUGGUCAGAGUUGUAACAUUGACUUAACAGGCGGAUACUAUGACGCCGGUGAUUAUCUAAAGGUAAAUCAUACCAUCACAUCCAAUACAGAAAGCCUGUACAUGAUAUUCAGUGGCUGAGACAUCU